GGGGGGAGAGCGGGUUCCGGGAGGGUUUGCGGGCGGGCGCGAGGCAGCUGCAGGUGGGACCGUUACCCGCGCGGCGCCUGCGAGCGAGCGGGGCGGCCGGAAAGGACGCGCGCGGACGCACCAUGAUCCCCCUGGAGAAGCCGGGCGGCCGCGGCUCCCCCUCGGCGGCCGCCUCAGGGGCGGGCCGGGCGGGCCGGAGUCUGGGCGCGCCGCGCCGGCAGCCUCCCCCACCCGAAGCCCGCGGGCUGCUGACGGAGAUCCGAAGCGCCGUGCGCACCGAGCCCUUCCAGGACGGCUACAGCCUGAGCCCCGGCCGGGAGCUGGGCAGGGGGAAAUUUGCAGUCGUGAGGAAAUGUAUAAAGAAAGAUUCUGGAAAAGAAUUUGCAGCAAAGUUCAUGAGAAAAAGAAGAAAAGGCCAAGAUUGUCGAAUGGAAAUAAUUCAUGAGAUUGCUGUUCUUGAACUAGCACAGGAUAAUCCUUGGGUCAUUAAUUUACAUGAAGUCUAUGAAACUCCAUCAGAAAUGAUCUUAGUUCUGGAAUAUGCUGCUGGGGGUGAAAUCUUUGACCAGUGUGUUGCAGACAGAGAAGAUGCCUUUACAGAAAAAGAUGUUCAAAGACUCAUGAGGCAGAUAUUAGAAGGUGUUUGCUUUUUGCAUGCUCAUGAUGUAGUACAUCUUGAUUUGAAGCCUCAGAAUAUUCUGCUGACAAGUGAAUCUCCAUUGGGUGACAUCAAGAUAGUUGAUUUUGGCCUUUCAAGAAUAAUGAAGAACAGUGAAGAACUCCGAGAAAUUAUGGGUACUCCUGAAUACGUGGCGCCUGAAAUUCUGAGUUAUGAUCCGAUCAGCAUGGCAACGGAUAUGUGGAGCAUUGGAGUGUUAACAUAUGUCAUGCUUACGGGAGUAUCACCCUUCUUAGGUGACAAUAAACAAGAAACAUUCCUAAACAUCUCCCAGAUGAACUUAAGCUAUUCUGAGGAAGAAUUUGAUGUUGUGUCUGAGUCUGCUAUUGACUUCAUUAAGACACUCUUAGUUAAGAAACCUGAACAUCGAGCCACAGCUGAGCAAUGUCUGAAACAUCCGUGGUUGACAGAGAGCAGUAUUCAAGAUCCUUCUUUCAAGGUGAAAGGGACAUUAGAAGAAGCAAAUGCACUCCAAGAAGGUGAUUCUGUGCCUGAAAUUAAUUCAGAUACUCAGAAACCAGAAACCGAGGAAUCCAUUGUAACCGAAGAGUUAAUUGUAUUUACUUCAUAUACUUUAGGACAAUGCAGACAGUCUGAAAAAGAGAAAAUGGAGCAAAAGGCCAUUUCCAAACGAUUUAAAUUUGAGGAACCUUUGCUACAAGAAAUUCCAGGAGACUUUAUCUACUGAGCAAUACUUCCCUUUAGAACUUUAAGAUUUCUACAUUGAAAACAUUAAUAUUAUUUAUGGACUUCUGGCCAAAUGGUACAUGUACUGAAAGUGGACAAACCAGGUAUCUCACUGAUAGAAAAAAAACUAAAAUUACUUGUGGAGUUAGAUAUAUCAAGACAGAUUUAUAAAGUUGCCAACCAGGAGUUUUAACGGGUAAAGUUAUCUGUGUCAAUGUUAUUUUUAAGAAGGGAGAUGUUUGAACCUUUUAUUUCUAAAUCCUGUUUCUCCAGAAUGAAAAUUUGUUAUGCAAAGAUCAUCUGUAUUUACUUUCUUUAAAAAUCCAAGUAAAAGUGCCAAAUUAACAUCUUUGUAAAUCUAUUUGAAUUAUUCUUAUGUAUCUGUAUCUACAUAUAUAUAGUGAUAGGGAUAUCUUUACUAAAACUGAUACUUUUUCACUUUGGAUUUUUUGGGGGGAGUAAGAUUUAAUUAGGCAUCUUCCAAAUUUUGAGACCUAGAAUAACAUCCACAAUAAUUUGAUAAUGUCUUAUUUUUAUAUUUUAUUACUGCUUUGUAUCGACUUUAUUUUAUCUCUUUUAUCUUUGCUUUUGCCUAAUGCUUGUAACCGAUCAGUGAAAAACCCUUGCUAAUUUUUUUUCUCUUCAACGUCAACUAAUAAGAGUUGUGUUGAUUUUUCACCUCCAGUUACUCUGGUUUUAAGGUCAAGGUAGGUUCAGUAAUCCUGUAACGUUAAAGCAGCACCGGUUUCUCGGCCCUUCCCCGGCCCUUCCCCGUCACGCCGUACGUGUUUACACGCUUUCACAAGGCUCUGCCCUUGCCGCCACCUCACGUGCUUGUCACCUCAUUUGGUCACUUGCAAGUGUCCAUGUGAUCUGAUCAACAUGAUGGUUGCUUUGGUCAGUGAAAAGACGCUUUUUUAUUGUUUUUGUUAACAAAAUCCCCCAGAGAGGGAUAAGAGUGGAAGCAUAUUCAUCCUGGCCACAGAGCCUCCAUUUCUGUUAUUAGCCCUCAGACUGUAUUAAGAAAAGUUCUAAAAUGCCAAAAUAUUUAUAAACUUUUGUUCAUUAAAAAUUUGACAGUGGAUUCUUUGUCAUUAGGGAGGAAGCCUUGUUCCCUAAAGACUUAUAAGAAAAUAUACUCAGUAGAAUUUAAUUUGAUUGGGAUUGAACACUUCAAUUGUAUGUAGGCCCCACAGUGAAUAGUAAAUUCUUACUUAAAAAAAUGGAAAUGUACAAGUGUACGCUGUAUAACUUGAAGCAACUAAAUGUCUUUCUCACACAAA